AUGGCUUUUUCGAAUGAUGCGGCGAACGGCACCGAAAACACCGAGAACCGAUACUCGAGUUUCGCGGGUGUCUCCCGAGGGAACCAUGUCAAGUUCCAUGUGGCUGGCUGCGCCUAUUUCUGGGCCGUCUCAGAGGCUCUGCUGAAGGCCAAGAGGUCCAUCUGGAUCAUGGGCUGGUGGGUGUCGCCCGAGGUCUACCUCCGGCGCCCUCCAUCCGAAAACGAAGAGUACCGGCUUGACCGGAUGCUCCAGGCGGCGGCAUGUCGCGGGGUCAUGGUCAAUGUGGUGGUGUUCAAGGAGGUCGCUGUAGCCAUGUGCUUGGACUCGCACUAUACGAAACGCACGCUGGAAGCCCUGCACCCGAGAAUCUCUGUCUUUCGCUAUCCGGAUCAUAUCCCAGGGGAGGGCGUCCGUCCGUCGCAGAUUGGAUCCUAUUCGGCAAGAGGGGACGCGGGUAUUCAAGAGAUUGGCGACGAAGCGCUACAAGGGUUGUUCGAGGCUGCGGGACUGCGGUCUCUGUUCUGGGCGCAUCAUGAGAAACUGGUCAUUGUGGACCAGCAGCUGGCAUUCAUCGGCGGCAUUGACCUCUCUUUUGGACGAUGGGACCUGAUCCAGCAUCCGAUCGCCGACUCUCAUCCCUGCAAUGCGCGUCAGAUCGUCUUCCCUGGUCAGGACUACAAUAAUGCUCGCGUGAAGGACUACGAGGAUCUCAAACACUGGGAGAAAACCGGGCUCGACCGCUCGACCACGCCACGCAUGGGAUGGGAGGAUAUCUCCGUGAGCAUGACCGGGCCGGCAGUGGUUGAUAUCUGUCAACACUUUGUUGACCGCUGGAACUACAUCUGGGAUGUAAAGUACAGCCGUGCUCUGCCUGGGAUGAGCUCCUAUGCGCCUCUUUCGCAGCCAAGUCCAUUCGUUGCUCCGUGCAAUGACAACGCCGGAUCGAUGGACUGUCAGAUCGUGCGAAGUAUUGGUCGCUGGAGCAACGGCAUCCCGACAGAAAACAGUCUUUAUAAUGCUUAUCUCGAUAUUAUCGCUAAAAGCGAACACUUUGUCUACCUGGAGCAACAAUUCUUCAUCAGCUCCACGGGCGACGAGGUCGAGGCAGUCUGGAACCGGGUGGCAGAAGCAUUCGUUGAGCGCAUUUUGCGCGCCGCGCGCGAAAGGAAGCGGUACAAGGUUAUUGUUGUCUUGCCUGCAUUGCCUGCAUUCCCAGGAGACAUCCACGCCCAGUUCGCAGGGGAGCUGCCACGGGCGCUCAUGAAGCUGCAGUUUGAUUCCAUCAACCGAAGCGGCCUCAGUCUCUUGGAAAGAGUCAAAAAGGCAGGGGUGAAUCCUGAUGAUUAUAUCCGGUUCUUCAAUUUGAGGAGCUAUGAUCGCCUGCGGCCCGUAACUAGUAAUUGGGUUGAUGACCUGAUCCAUCCGCUCGGGCUUCAUGCAAACAUUGAGACUGGAGCUCCGAAAGCGCCAGAUGCCAUCACUGACGUGCAAACGCCCGGCAAGGAUGCGCAGCUGUCUCCCGGUCUCUGGGAUACAGUCAGCUCCUGUUAUAUGCUCGACGGGCCAGAUAUCCGAAACGUCCUCUGGCCAGAUGGCGCGUGUUUCGCAGAAAUGGAGGGCUUUGUGCAGGAGCAGGUAUAUGUCCACAGCAAGCUCUUGAUCGCGGAUGACAGGGUAGUCCUUUGUGGCUCUGCCAAUUUGAAUGACCGUUCACUCAAGGGAAGCCGGGAUUCAGAGAUCGCAGUCGUGAUCGAGGAUAGAACUCCGCUGCCAUCAACUAUGCAUGAUCAGCCCUUUGAAGCCAGUAAAUUUGCUGCUACAUUUCGCCGGUACCUCUUUCGAAAGCAUCUGGGUCUUCUGUUCCCGCAAAACAUGCGCCGGCCAGAUGGCCAUUUUAUGCCUGCGCCGGUACCUCUUGACUAUGACUACGGGUCUCCGGAAGACCUUCUCGUGGCGGAUCCACUAAGCGAUAGUUUCCUCGCCUUUUGGAAUCAGGUUGCACGCCGGAACACUCUGGCCUUUCGAAAAGUGUUUGACCCCAUUCCGGAUGAUAAGGAGAAGACCUGGGAGGACUAUGACCGUGUAGCCGAAAGAGCCCGCCGCGGGCAUGUCGCAUUGGACCACUUUUCCAGCAGUAAAGAGGCUAUUCUUGGGGUGAAGGAUGAGCUCUCGACCAUCAGGGGGACGUUAGUUGAGAUGCCGAUGGACUUUUUGAUGAAUAGUAACAUUCAACCCGACGACGCAGUCUUUAAUAUGUACACCAGGUCGGGAUACACUUAG